AUGGCCAAAAAUUGGAGCUACGAUCGGCUACUGACUCCCCAUGUAUCCAGACACGGCCAGGAUAUAACCGAGUUGUCCGUGAACGACGAAUUCUGCGAUACAAUCGGAUUACUCCAUACGCAAGAUUCGCAGAUGCCGUUGCGGCGGCUUUCUUCUUCGCAGUAUGCUCCGUCCGAUUCAUCACCGUAUCUUCCGCAAUACGAUUCCACUCAACAACACAAUGGCCCAGACAGCUCUAGCAGAAAAAGCUCCGAAAGCUUCCGAUCGACCGCUACUGGAAGCAGCACGGCAAAAUUGAAGAACCUCCUCCGAAGGCGACCACUGCCAAAAUAUCUCCGAGGCUCCAUUAGAAGGCAUGCUGCCGCCGACAUUGAGCCCGCACGAGUUGGUCGUGGUAUUUGGAAAGAUCAGCUGUUGAGCGAUCGGUCAUUCCGUACGAUGGCCAUAACGAUGAGCGCUCUUGCACUCGGUAUGAUUGUCCUGAUCGCAUGUAACAUUGAGCAUGUAGUCAACCGCACGAAUGUAGGUUCUACCUCCGUUGGUGGGGAGCCAGAUUCCUGCAAGAGAGUCACGCACACUAACACAGCUUGCCUACUCUUCAUCAACGUAUGCGCGACCAUGGUCCUGGGAAUGAGCAACACUUAUCAGCAAAUUGUCACUUCUCUCAGAAUAAGCGACUUGAAAUAUGCGUUGUCAAAAUUUGGAGACUCUAGAGUGGGAACAAAUUCGCCGUUGAACAUCCGGCAUAAGGAAAGAGGCAAAAAGCGCGCAUGGGCUGCGUGGUUUCUCUUAAUCUUUACAUCGAUGCCAGUACACUUUCUCGCAAACUCCCUCAUAGGCCCUUCAUACACCCAGGAGUUGCCUGAAGUCGUCGAAUUCUACCCUGUGGAUUCAUCAGAACUCAACGUCACAUCGCUCAGAGAUUUGAGUGGCGGGUUUUAUCUAAACGGUGAUUUAUCCUUUCCAUGUUGGAGCGCAUUCCGGUACGGACCUGACGGCGACACUAAUGUUUGUGAUAUCCGCACGCAGAUGGCACAUGCUAAUCACAUUGUCGAUAUAGGUUCAGGAAAGUCCCACUAUCCGAUACAUUUCGUUGACGUCUCGACGAAUGAUGGUAUCUUUGACCAAUCCCAGGAAAACUUCGACAUGUCUUGGCGCCAAAUGAGGGUUCACUAUACCACGGAACGUUGUGCACAGCAUAAGGGCACUAUCGAGCUCAAAGGAGUGGAUGCCCUUGAAAAAAGUGAAAUAGUAUACCGGUAUUCCUAUCCAUCCGCUUACAGGGUGGGCGAUUGUUCCAUGGGAAAGGAUGUCAUCUGUACGCUCCACGAACAAACGACAUCUAAAUGCCGUCUCAACGUCCGCAUGAGUGCCGCGUUUGUGCUCAUGGGCUGCUUGGUCAUUAAAGCGGUGUACAUGUGUGCUGUCAAUCUGUUAGCUCGUGGCAAGGUAAAGCAGCAUUGCCUGACAUUCGGUGAUGUGAUUGUUGCGUCUGCAGCUGAUCCAGAGCUCAGGUUGCAAGGAGAGUGUAUGGUCAACGCUACUGAUAGCUUUCGUCGACUGUAUUCACAUACCUGUCACAAGCAUUGUUUCAAUCAUGAAGAAUCCAAAACAGGUGACGAGAUUGGUCACUGCCAGAAAUGCAAGAAGUGGAACACAGAGGACAAAUUUGCAAAUCUCCCACAACCUACCAUCGCAACCAAGAUCAAAAAGAGUCUGAUCAGCAACCUCGGGAACACAGCGUUGACACAAAUGUUGAUUAUGAUGUUCUGUAGCCUUGCACUUCUUACCGCUACGCUGACGACUGCUGUAAUCUUGGGCUCUUCCGCUUCCAACCGGAACAGAUAUUGUCAGGAGUAUGGACCCGAUGCCCCAAAAUAUCUGGGAUGCCACAAGAGUUCAACAGAGUAUUUCGAAUCGAUAUCUGGCGGCUUUGGAGGCUUUAACCGCUCCCUAACACUCACUUCGCUUGCUCCAGACAACCUGUCAAACGAAUUCAUAGCAUUCGGCAUCUCCAACGCUGCACAGUUCAUAUACUCCCUGCUCUAUCUUAUGAUGAUAUACAAUAUCACACUCAUAUCGCAAGAAUCUGACUGGGGUAAACUCGAAUACCGCCGCAAACGCAUCCGCACGACCCUCGUCUCUGGUACCUCUUUCAACCAGACUUACCUGCUGCAACUGCCCAAGAAGAUCCUCUUUCCCAUCAUGGCCUACUCUACCCUUACCCACUGGAUGCUCGGCGAGGCCUUGCAAGCGCAUGAAGCUAUCUGGAUCGACGACAGCCCGGGACGACACGUCGAGCACUCCAAGUACAUACUGAAGUGGGCUGCCUAUCCUCUGUGGUUCGCAACAUUUCUGAUCCUUUUGAUGACAACUGUGUGCUGGUGGGCUUUUACGUAUAAGCGCGAGGGUUUUAUCCCGCAGAUGUUUGGCAGCAUGAGAGUGAUCAUGGCAUCGACGACGUCACUGGACGGAUUUCCGGACAAUGGGAUCCAGUGGGGGGAUUUGGGUGGUGAGGGAGAGCGGUUCAGGCAUGCAGGUUUGAGUGCGGAAGACGUGGGAAAGAUUGAACCGCAUGAGUUAUAUGCUGGAAUAAAAGAGAAAGAGGAACCUGUAGACGGAAAUGAUGGAAAGAAAAGGCUCUGA